GCAGGUCCAUGUGACCGCAACAAGCCAAUCAAAAUUAUUGUUUUAUUGUGAAGUAUUCCGAAAUACGGUGAACGGGAAAGUGAUUAUAUUUUGGACUCGAUUUCUUUUCCGAAAUGCCAAAUAAACCAAAGAAAGAGAAGACUACGACAAAAACUAACAGUAAUAGUAAAACAACGGGGAAAGAGAAUUCUGAAAAUGCAGAAAAUGAGGCAAAGAAAAAGGGAUCAAGCCCAAAUUCAGAGACACAUCCGCCCACAACGUCUAUAAAUAAAAUGAAAUUUACGGGACCCCCUCAUGUGAAAAAGGAUAAACGACAAAAUUCAUCACGUUUCAACAUUACAAAAAAUAGAGAAAUAGUUAAACUUCCUCUAUUGAAAGAUGCUACCCCGGCAGAGAGAGAAGAGCUGUUUAUUCAGAAGCUACGACAAUGUUGUGUUCUAUUUGACUUCAUGCAAGAUCCACUUAGUGACCUUAAAUGGAAAGAGGUCAAACGUGCAGCACUCAAUGAGAUGGUUGAAUUUGUAACACAAAAUAGAGGGGUCAUUACAGAUGCAAUAUACCCGGAAGCCAUCCAUAUGUUUGCUACCAAUUUAUUCCGAACGUUACCUCCAUCAUCCAAUCCUAGUGGUGCCGAGUUUGACCCAGAGGAGGAUGAACCCACCUUAGAAGCCGCCUGGCCACACUUACAGCUGGUGUACGAGUUUUUUCUGCGGUUUUUAGAGUCUCCCGAUUUUCAGCCAAAUACAGCUAAAAGAUAUAUAGACCAGAAGUUUGUUUUACAGUUAUUGGAGUUAUUUGAUAGUGAAGAUCCUAGAGAGAGAGACUUUCAGAAGACUAUAUUACACAGAAUUUAUGGGAAAUUCCUGGGAUUGAGAGCAUAUAUUAGGAAACAAAUUAAUAAUAUUUUUUAUAGUUUUAUAUAUGAAACAGGACGCCAUAAUGGGAUAGCAGAGCUUUUAGAGAUCUUAGGAAGUAUUAUCAAUGGAUUUGCGCUACCUUUGAAGGAAGAGCAUAAAGUGUUUUUAUUGAAAGUUCUUCUGCCGUUACACAAGGUGAAGUCUCUGAGCGUGUAUCACCCACAGCUGGCCUACUGUGUGGUACAAUUCCUUGAAAAGGAUCCCAGUCUCACAGAACCGGUUAUAAUGGCACUGUUAAAGUUUUGGCCAAAAGUUCACAGUCCUAAAGAGGUGAUGUUUCUCAAUGAAUUAGAGGAAAUAUUAGAUGUGAUAGAACCAGCUGAAUUCACUAAAGUGAUGGUUCCAUUGUUUAAACAGUUAGCCAAGUGUGUUUCAAGUCCACAUUUUCAGGUUGCUGAGCGGGCCCUUUAUUUUUGGAACAAUGAGUAUAUUUUGAGUCUUAUCAGCGACAAUGCAGCGACAAUAUUGCCCAUCACUUUUCCAGCAUUGUAUAAAACCAAAGAGCAUUGGAACAAAACAAUUCAUGGUUUAAUUUACAAUGCCUUAAAGUUGUUUAUGGAAAUGAAUCAGAAACUCUUUGACGACUGCACACAACAGUAUAAAACUGAAAGACAAAAAGAGAAAGAGAAGAUGAAGUCAAGGGAAGAGACCUGGUGUAAAAUACAAAAUUUGGCGAAGGGAAAUCCUCAGGUGAGCUUUAAAGUGUUUGGGCAGCAGAAUGCAGAACUAAUUGGAAAUCCAAGCACGCCAGCUAAUAGCAUGAAUGAUGAAGAUGAAGUUGUCUUAGUCACCCUUGAAAAACUAGAAAAAGAAGCAGUUGAGAUAAGCAGGAAAAAGCCGAAGGACAAACCGUUAUUGCGGAGAAAGUCUGAAUUACCACAUGAUAUCAGUAUGAUAAAAGCAUUGGAUGGUCAUAAAAGACCGGACGAUUAUUUACAUACAAAUCAAGAGUCAGGCAACUGAGUAGAAUUUUGACUUGGAGUGGGCAAAGGGGUCAGACAUAAUCAACUAGUACCCGUGAUAAAUGCCCGCUUUGCUUAAUCACUGGAACAUUAUAUUGUAACAAAAAAUGUUUAAUCAUGAGGAUGUAUUCCACAAGUAUAUCCUGGAUUAUAUUUAAGGAGAUAACACUCUUUGUGUUCUUUUAACAGGUUUAAAUAGAUACUUCUUCCUACAGUCGUACCUUUUUUCAUUUACAUUUUAUGUAUUUAUUAUGAAGGCUACUUAUUCUAACGCUGUAUUUAAUAUCUUGUAAUAAGGUCAUGUAUGUAGGAAUUAUGCUCGUUUGUUUCAUUAUUUUUUUUAUUAUUUAAUUGCAAACAAUUUUGUUACGAGAAUAAUUAUAUAUUUAGUGAAUUCUCCAUUUGUAACAGAAUUGUUAUUAUUACUAUUUUUUAUUAAAUAUCAAACUAAUACAUUAGACAUUCUAAAUUUAGCUUGCAUUCCAAGAAACUAAAUCUUUGAAUUUUGUUGUGAUUAAAGCUACUUGUUCAUAGAUUAAUGAAUGAGUCAUAAUUUGUGUUAUUUAGGGUCAGUGUGUAGUUGUUUCUCUUAUAUCUGUAGCAUAUUUUAAUGAAAAGUAAAAAAAAAAACAACAUUAGACUAAACUUGAAGAAUUUUACAUUUCGUCACUUUAGUAUAGUAAAGGGUUUAGUCCUUCUAAAUUUAAUAGUUGUUAACCAGUAUUUGCACUAAGAUGACGAUUUCCGUAAAAGACUUUAAAAAAAUCUAAUCAGGGAAAAUGUAUGAACAAGUUGCUUUAAUCUGAGUGACCAUAGAGCGAUAGUAUUUUUUAGCUGUUCAGGGAAGUAUUUCAUGACGAAGUUAAUUGUCAUAGAUGUGGACUAUACAUGUACCCUUAAUCUCCGUUUUCAAUCCAUGGAAUGUCUAUUUUGUGAUUUUGUCAUUUUUUAGAGCAUAAACAUUGGCACGGAAAGUUCUGUAUCUAAUCAACUAAGUCAAAGUUACAAAGAAAAAGAUUAAUAUUGAUAAACAUAGGUUUUAAAAUUUAUUUCUUGUACACAUAAAAUGAAAUUGAUUUUUCUUAAAAAGAACUUACUUUUCAUUUUAGUUUUAUAAAGGUUUGUCGCACAAUAAUAUAAUUAAAUACUUUAACCAAUACAUAAAAGCUUUCCUAUGAUAUUUAUAUGUAUUUAAAUGCUAUUAUGUAACUACAGGACACACUUGGUUGUUUAGAUAUUGAACAUUUUCUGUCUAAUGUGUGUCUCUGAAAGGAACAAUUUUGUUCUGUCUCAGUCACAUGACUGUCAACUUCCUGCUUUUUGUUUCAUCAGUGUCACAGAGGCGGUACAAUGUAGUCAUUCAAGCUUUUCCUGUGAUGUAGAUUUUGUCAUUUGUUUCAUGUUGCUUUAGGUGAAUAUUUUAGGGGGGUUUGGGUUUGUUUUUUAGAAUAAAUGUGACAGUGACUCUCCCAUAAUCAGAUUUUCAACCUUAAUAUAGUCUUGAAAUUGUGAAACUUGGUGCAAAAUUUGAACAAGUGCCUUUUAUAGAUAGGAAUUCGUUUUCUUUUUGCACAUACAAGGCAAAAAUUUUCCCCACAUUUCCCCUAAAUUAGAAAAGGAAGCAGUUAUUAUUUAGGCAGGUUAAAUAUUUUCUGACAAACAUAUGUUAUAAAAGGAUCAUGCUUAUGGGCCUGGCCCCUGCAGCAACAUUUUGUUACAUCACAUUUUAGAUAUAUGUUUCCAUUGCUGUAGAUUGUAUGACUUUUUCAUUGGUUUUCAAAGAUUCUGUAUAAUAUUUUCAAAGAUUGCUUAUUUCUAGAGUCCAAACAUUUUCCCCAAAAAAGGGCUAAUACUCAUAAAUAUGCUAGAAAAAUCCAAAUUAGAAAGUUGGUUCAUCUUGUUGGUCAUUUAGUUGCUAAGAGUGCGUUUAGAUAGGUAUUUAUCAGUGACAAUUUAUAUGAGAUAUAAUGAUAUUCUAGUAAAAGGAACAAAUACAUUAAAUCAACAUAUUUGUUACCAAGCUUUUGAACCUCUGCAUGUGUGUAUGUAGACUUGUACCUGGUACCAAGGUUAUAGAGAACCAGUCACUCUGUGAAACAUUUUCAUUGGUCGUUUUGAGUUCAGAAAAAAAACCCAAUCAAAAUGUGUGACAAUUUUUUAGACUGGUCACCACUUAAUGUUUAAAUCAUGGAUGUUGUUGCAAAUGAUUUUAUGCAAUGUGUAUCCCCCCAACAUUUUCUGGCCAUUCUAUGCUGGUCAUAGAAUAGUUUUAUAGUGAUAUUGAAAAUACAUAGCAUUGCUAGCGAGUUCUAAGUUUUGUAAAUAUCAAGAUUAUUGUUGGUAAAAGUUGUUUCUUAUAUUUCUGUCUUCAUAGUUUUUUUGGGGGAAAUAGUUUUAGCAUAAAUGAUUAUUGUCUUAUGAAUGACAAAUGAAUUUUUGUUUGAGGAUAUGUAAAUAUUUAUUUCUUUAAUUGGAUUCCUGAUAUGUCUUAUAUGGUAUAAUUACAAUUUAAGGAACUAAGUAGAUCUUUGAAGGGGUCCACUACAAAUCAUCUUUGAAAUGCGUAGUCUCAUUUGAUGCAUGUUUCUAUUGACCAAACUUUUUUUUAUGUCUAAUCUACAAUCAGCCAGGAAUGUGUAAUUAUUUGAACCUCAUCACGACAAAACCAACGUAAUGGGUUUGCGACCAGCAUGGAAUCAGACCAGCCUGCGCAUCCGCGCAGUCUGAUCAGGAUCCAUGCUGUUCGCUAUCAUAUUCUCUACUUGUAAUAGGGUUGGUAAGCAACAACAUGGAUCCUGAUAAGACUGCUUGGAUGCGCAGGCUGGUCUGGAUCCACGCUGGUCGCAAACGCACUAUGUUGGUUUUGUUGUGACGCGGCUCAUUUUCUUUUACAACAUAAGACAUUUUGGAUCAGUUGCCGAUACUAAUGCAUAUAUGUAUAGACAAUCUAAUGACAAAAUGUGAGAUGGAUGUAUUGCAUAUUCUUGUCCUUGUAUAUAAAUGAAUGAAUGCAUCACACAAUUAGAGGACUUCGUAUUCAUGAGAUAAUGGAACUAAGGACAUGUUAGAAUCGGUACCAGGUGUUGUUUUCAGAUGAAUGUACAUAUACUGACAAUUUAAGACCAUAUUUCAGAUUUAUGUAUAAGUAUAGAGCCAGACUGAAGUUAUUACCUGAUUGAAGCUUUUUCUCUCAGUUUGAACUUUGAAGUGCAUAUUUUGCCAGGAAGGAGUGCAUAUUUAGCCAUUUAUAUGGAAGUGUAUGUAUUGUCAAUUUAUAAGGACUUAUUUCAAACGAAAGUGCAUUAAUUGCUAUUUUAAUUAUUAAGAUUAAAGGAAAAUAUAUAACGACCUUGAAAAUAAGCCACCCCAGAUAAUAAGCCACCAAUUUCUUACCAAAAAUUGAAAUAAGCUGCGGCAUAUUUUCAGAUUUUAAGGGUAUAUGUACUAUACAUUUUUGUCAGAUUUUGUGCAUAUAUAAUGCUGAUUUAAAAACUUGCGUCAGAUCAACAUAAUUUGAAACUUCUUUUGUUUUUGGAGUUCAAUAUUAAGGGAGAUGUACAAGGAAGAAUGACAACACUUACUGCAGCAUGUAACAAUGAUUUCACUCUCAUUAGAAUUGUUCAAUUACAGCUAUUUGGAACUACACUUAACAGUAUUAACUAGUAGCUUUAGCUGUAAUUGUUGUAUUCAUGUUUUUAAAAUAGAUUGUAAUAAAAAAAAAUCACUUUGGACAGAUUUGUAUUGUCUUUUUUCUUGAGAAAAAAAAUAUAUGAGUAUACACUUAGUAUGAGAUUCUUUGGAGUAGAAUUACAUUUUUUUUAUUUCUAAUUUUGUUAGAGCCAAAAUUUUUCUGCUCAAACUUUCUAAAAAUAUUUUAUUUUAUUUCAUUUGAAUCAUGUUAUUUUUUCCAUUUUUGUUUUCAAAAUGAAUUUAUGUCACUGUGAUAAAUUGAUGACAAUUAAAAGUGUGAAUGAAUGAUUGUGCUUUAUUUACAGAAAGGGACACAACUUCAGCUGCUAUGUAUAAGAAAAAUGAGGUAAAUAGGCAAAUUUGGGAAAAAAAAGGGAAGUGAAUUGUGCUAUCCUUAAGGAAAGGGAGGUAAAUUGUACUAUUUUGAAAAAGAUUUUAGGAAAUAUGUUUACUCCUAUGGAGUUCCUAUGAUAUCUAAGGCAUGGAAAAACAUUACAAAAGUGUCAGACCCUUAUCAUAUUAAAUUGUUCUUUAUCAUUGGAUUAUUUCCUGAUUUUCUAGGUUUUUUGGUGUGAACUAAUGAAGAGGAAACAUGAUUAGUUAUUUACAUUUUUGCUGUAAUUUCUAUAAAGAUGGAUCAAAAAUCAAUUAAAAGCAAUCACCUUACUGAUAUUGAUAUUAAUUCAGUAACAGUAAGGUAUUUUAAAAUUAUACAUACCACAAUAUAUUAAUGAAUAUAUAGUCCUUUAUAUUAUGUUCAAUGGAUCACAAAUGUCACAGACAUGGAAGUAACUAGAGCAGAUCGUCAUCUCGGUGCAGUAACGGGUUAACUCCUGUUAAAAUUCAAUAGUACUUAAUCCGUUAUUGCACUAAGGUGAUGAGAUGCACUAUAUGUGUAUAGUUCAACUUAAUUUGAAUCUACGAAAAUAUUAAGAGCAUAAGUAUUUUAAUUGUAUGCUUGUGAUGUAAUAUUUCCAUAUGUCCAUGUUGUCCAUGAUUUUUCUUUGGUCUUUUAUACCUAUGAUUUAUCAAUAAAAAAGUUACAAUUACCUUUCACUUUUCUGUUUUGUAAUUUUUGUUUUUUGCACAAAAUACAAUACAUUGUGUGUGCUUUGUUUUCAUACUUUCAUUUCUGUCAAAUAUAUUUCUUGUUAAUAUUGAAUAACUUAGGGAAUACAGAAAUUUGGAGACUUUUUUUAACUUCUGUUUUUGAUUAGUUAUUAAUACUAGAUUUCAAACAGCUAUGCUAAUUUUCUAUCUGAUAUUUGUGAAGAAACCAUAGAGUGACAUAGAUUUUUAUUGGUCUGGAUUGUGUGGAUGCUUAUUUGACAUGAAAAGUGAUGAAAUAUGAGCCGUGUCAUGACAAAACCAACAUAAUGGGUUUGCGACCGGCAUGGAUCCAGACCAGCCUGCACGGAUGCGCAGGCUGGUCUGGAUCCAUGCUGGUCGCAAACGUACUAUGUUGGUUUUGUCGUGACACGGCUCAUAUGUAUCUUUGAUCUUAUUGGAAUAGUCAUUACUGUUGGUGAUCAAAUAGAACUUCAAACUUAACAUAUUAAAUAUAUAAGCUGAAUAUUUAAUAUAUAAUUGAAAUUAAUGUAAGACAUUUAUAAAUAUAAAAUUGAGCAUUCAUAGAACACAGUAUCGAAAUUUAAGCUGAAAUAUAAUUUUUGAUAAACUUAUUCUUGCAGCGUAUUCUUGCUAAAAGUGCAUAUAUAAAAGUGUUGUUUAAGGAAUGCCAGUAUAAUAUUUAGCAGGGAGUCAUACAUACAUAUGUGUACAUGUUAAAAUCAUUUCUUUUCUGUUCAUUCUGGCAUGUUUAGGUAACAUAUUAUUAUAUAAUUUUGUAGGACCACUCAUUUAGCUGUAUUUUUGUAUAUAUAUGCGUGCGUGUAUUUUAAAACAUGAAGAAUUGGGGAACAAAUAAAUUUACUUGUGCCAAUUUUAAUUUAGAGAAAAAAAUCAAAACAUUGAAAGGCAGGCUUUUAUUUCUUUGUCUGAUUUAUUUUUAAGCUGUUGUAAUUAAGAAGUUACAUUACUUCUGUAUAAUUCUAUUGAAAUAUAAUACAUAGGUAUGAUUAUAUAUUAUGUAAAGGGGGAUGAUCUUACUACCCUUGUAAACUAGAAAAUAUUAAUUUGACCAUACCAGUAUAACCAUGUAACUUAAAAAUCAUCAAAAUAAAAAUCUUUUUGGAAUUUAUUCUUUAUUGAUUAGAAAUUUUUUUGAUAAAUCUUGAAAAGAAGGCAAGGUUGUAUGUUUUGUAAUUAUUUUAUGAAAUUUUUUCUUUUCCUAUUGUAUGAAAGAAUUGGCUCGCAGAUUUUGUUUAUUGAAUCUACAUAAAUUACACUCGCUGUUUUAUUCCUUGGUUUUUAAAAAAAUUGGAAAAUGAAAUUGGUAUUGACCAGACCUUCAAUACAAGUUUUAGAUAAGGAAACAUGUUACAUAUUUGUUUUAAAAUCUCACGUUUUCUGCUCUUUACAAGUUGUUUUAUGCUCUGUCAUGUUUCUUAUAUGAAAGUUCACAAAACAAUGGAGACUUUGUACAGAUGUGAAAUCUUUCAGAAAUUUGCUUCGGAACAAUAUAUUAUGUUUUAUUUGUUUUGUAUAUAUAAUAAGAAUAUAAGUAUAUAUAAAUAUAUAUAAGGUGAUUUUGUUUUGUAUGUUUUGUUAUACGGUAUAACAUGUUCAGUGUCUUAUUUAAAGUAGAAGUUUCAUCAGAGGAAAAAAAUGUGGGUGUUUGUUUUUUUGUUGCUUCUUUCUGUUAGCAGUACUCUUUAAAAUACGUCAGCACGUGAAAUUAGGCUAGUUCACCAGCACUAAAUAGAAAUAACUCUUCAUUUAAUUCAACAAUUUUUUUUCUCUUUCAUUUUUGUUUGUUUUAUUUCAUGAAGUUCACUGCAAAAAGUGAUGGAAACACGUAGAAAUACAAAAAUAGGUUAAACAUAGGACAAAGUAUGAAUGCAUGGAGCUUUAGGCCCAGUAGCAAAAAAAAUGUUUUCAUGUUUCAAUCCUGAAUUUUACAAAUGAUCUGAAACUUUUUAUUGUAUUUUAAAAAUAACUUUGGAAAUAUACACUAAAAUUUAAUAUUGGUAGUUUUUGUGUAAAAAAGAAAGUAAAUAAAAAUUUCAAUUUACCUUUUACAUUGAUUUAUGAAUCAGUUAGCAUAUUAAUUAAGGACAAAUUUCCUUUGCUCCUGGGCAACCAGCAAAUAAGUAAGAAUCAUUUCUGAAGUUGACAAAGAUUUGUAGUCAUUUUAUAUCAGAUAAAAAAUUUCCUUUGACAUUCAGAAAAAGAUUUUUGUUUGUUUGUGAAAUGCCUUGUUUUGUUAUAAAAGAGUUAAAAUAGUAGCAAAGCUAACUUAAAUUUUUCUGCCUGCUUAAGAUUUUAAUGAUACCAGAGCACAUUGUUAUAUUUAAAAGUGUUAUAAUAGACUACUGUAACCCAACGAAUAUUCGCGACCAAUUAAUAUUCGCUUUAUUCGCGGAUGGCCGCGAAGCGCGAAUAUUUGUUUGCGCGAAUAAGUCCGCACGAUUUCGCAAUAAAUUGGAGAGAAAUUUUUAUUUUAGACGUUGUUCAUGCAAAGCUACUUGACCGGAUAUAUUCGAAUUUUACGGGCACCUGUUAGGAAGUAAUGAAUUGUUAUGAAUAUUGCCAUAAAGCAAUAAAAGCACAAACUAAGUAAACUACUUCUAUUUUAUAAAUAUCAAAAGAACUCUAUGUCAAUAUAGCAAUCAAAAUAAACAUCCACAUUUUAAUACAGUUUAUGAAAUACUAGUAGGCCUAUUGUCAAUCACGUUCCGUAUAGGGUACUAUACGGAGCAUGUGUCAGUUUAUUAAUCGUUUGACAAAAGUGGGAAAACUAUCGAGCAUCACAAAAGGCUAUUGUUUUUUUAUCCUAUAAAAUAAUUGUUUGAGUGAAUUGUUAAGACAAAGGUGGUAUAAACCUUUCGAACAUCACAAAAGGGUAUUGGGUGUACAUAAUUACAAACAGUGAAAUACAAGAUGGUUUUGUACUACAUGUACAUAUAUGGAGAAAAUGUUUGCUGAAUUGUGAUCACAAUUCACUUACCAAUACAAUAUAAGGCUAGCGUUAUAUUAAUCCCAUUUAAGACACCAAUAAUGACCUCAAUUAUUGAAGAUUAAUAGUCGGCUUAUGGAUUUUACGGCUCCAUCGGACUUUCCAAUCCGCGAAUUUUUUUUUUCGGAAAUCAAGAAAACGCGGAAAUUAAUAUUCGCGAAUAUGUCCGACCUCGGCAAAACGCGAAAAUUUGUAUUCGCGAAUAUAAAUUGGGUUACAGUAUCAUGUUCAGACUAUCUUAACCCGCUUGAACCAAGUAUUUGGUCUUUGCCACCAGUAUAGACACCGGCCAGUCUGCACAGUCAUGCUGUCUGGGCAUGCUCUAUACUGCUGGUAGCUCGAUUGUUUCGGUUUUUAUUUAAAACUUACUUUAAAACUCAAAUUGACUUUUUCAAAUUCAAAGCAAAGACAAAGUGAAUUUCAAAACUUCAGCCGCAGGCUAAGGCAGUGUCCACAUUUAUUGUUUAUAGAAUAUUGUCAUAGAAAUGUUUCUUUUGUGUUUAUUUUUAUUAUUUCCUGUUUUGGGUACCAAUGUUCUUGAAUUUCUUAUUUUGAGGCAGCUGGUGUUAUUGAAAUGAGUAUGAUUUUAUGAUUUAUCUCAUAGAAGCUGUAGAUAGAAAUGAGUGUAUGGUAUGACAUAUCAUUGAAUGAUAGAUUUGUUACUUCAUUUAUAGGAACGAAGGACUUUUUGUCAUGUAUGUAAGAGUGGGUUAUAUUCAUUAUACAACUAAUAGGUGUACUUUAAACAAGGUGUUUUGGGCCAGCUGGUUUAAAAGAAGGGGAUAAAAUCAACAAAAGAAGAAUUAUUUUGUAGAACUGUAGUGAGUUUUUAUGUCUUUUAUAUAAAUGAUUUUAAUAUACUUGAAAUUUUCAUUUAAGGAUAAUGAGUCAAUAACUUACAUACUUUCUUUUCUUUUUUAGAUGUGAUGCAAAAUUUUGCUUAAUUUAAUGAAAUCGAAUUUGUAAUAAUGUCUUACGGUCUAUAAUGCAUUUAGGCAUGGCAUGUGUAAACAGUUUGAUUCUAGAAGUUGCGUAUGUUUUAUAUAUAAUCUGUCUAUCAUUUGAAAAAAAUUGUAAUGAAAAGUUGAUUUUGCCUUUGUUAGUAAAAAUAAAAAUGGUUGAAACAGUUUGUUUAAACUACACCUUAAGGGUGUUGAGUACCAUAUAUUUGAAAAUCUGAUUUUGCAUUCUUCUCAUGUUAAGGAUUUUAAGCGCUGUCAAUUCUACACCUGCUCAAAAUAAUUCUGUUGUUCAAAUCAUUGUUACAUCUUUGUGGCAGAACACUGUACUUUUGAGUGAGUUUAUAUUGUAACUCUACUUGUGAUCAUGUUAUUUGCAAUACAGGGAAUAAAACUUCUCUGACCUGUAUAAGAA